AAUUUGCAAAUGGCCGUGAAAAGGACCGAGCUCGAGGGUGUAUGAAAAGUUAAUGGUGGAUGAUUUCGUGAUAAAACCUUGUGAAUAUAAUCAUAAUUCAGUGUAGUGCUGUUAUUAAGAUACAAAAUGUGCCAAAAAGUGAGAAUCCAGUCUUAAUGGUGGUAUAGGAAACGCCUGUAAACCACUGGAGGGUCGAUCGACGAGAAAUUGCUGGCAGAAGGGUGUGUGCGUGGCGUAGGUAGCGGAGGCGGCGCGUGGCGGUCCCCAGAGGCGGUUGGCAUUCAGCUCUAGUGUUUACCACGAGAGCACCAUGAACGAAUUGGACAGCCUACGCCAGGAGGCGGAGACACUCAAGAAUGCUAUACGAGAUGCACGCAAGGCGGCGUGUGACACUUCGCUUGCUCAGGCGACCGCUAACUUGGAGCCGAUCGGACGCAUACAGAUGCGGACGAGGCGCACGCUGCGAGGACACCUCGCCAAAAUAUACGCAAUGCACUGGGGCAGUGACUCCAGGAACCUGGUGUCGGCCAGUCAGGACGGCAAGCUGAUAGUGUGGGACAGUCACACGACCAACAAGGUGCACGCGAUCCCGCUGCGCUCGUCGUGGGUGAUGACGUGCGCGUACGCACCGUCCGGCUCGUACGUGGCGUGUGGCGGCCUAGAUAACAUCUGUUCAAUCUACAGCUUGAAAACGCGCGAGGGUAACGUGCGCGUGUCCCGUGAGCUGCCCGGUCACUCGGGCUACCUGUCCUGCUGCCGGUUCCUGGACGACAACCAGAUUCUCACCAGUUCCGGCGACAUGUCGUGCGCGCUGUGGGACAUCGAGACGGGCCAGCAGUGCGGCCUGUUCCAGGGUCACACGGGUGACGUCAUGUCGCUUUCGCUGGCCCCCGAUCAGCGCACGUUCGUGUCCGGUGCGUGCGACGCCUCCGCUAAGCUGUGGGACAUACGCGACUGCCAGUGCAAGCAGACCUUCCCCGGCCACGAGAGCGAUAUCAACGCUGUUACGUUCUUCCCGUCGGGUUUCGCGUUCGCGACGGGCUCGGACGACGCGACUUGCCGCAUGUUCGACAUACGCGCGGACCAGGAGCUCGCGAUGUACUCGCACGAUAACAUCAUCUGCGGCAUCACCUCCGUCGCCUUCAGCAAGUCCGGCCGGCUGCUGCUCGCCGGCUACGACGACUUCAACUGCAACGUCUGGGACUCUAUGAAGAGCGAGCGUGCCGGUAUAUUGGCCGGUCACGACAACCGGGUAUCAUGCCUCGGCGUCACCGAAAACGGAAUGGCCGUCGCCACCGGCUCCUGGGACUCCUUCCUGCGUAUCUGGAACUAAACACCCAAUCACUACUCCCACACCCACCAUCCAUCACCAUCACCGCUCGCGCAUCCACAUCACACUCGCCGUAAAACGACAGACGGAAACGUCUUAUGUUUUAAUACUAGCGAUGCGCGAAUACAAUCAAAUAUAUUAAUGAAAAUAAAUCUUUUUUGAUAUAUAAGCACAGUGAUAUUUCAACUGUAUCCGAUCGCGUUUGAGUAAAUAUACAUUUUGAAGUUAAAUUGUUAUUGAUAGUGAAAUAUGAUCAGUGUCUGUUUUUAAUAAUUUAGUUUUUUUUUUGUAAAUCAAGUUCAAACUUUAAUCUGAAAUUGAGUUCAAAUUCUAUUAUGGAAUUUGAUUUUUUUUACUGUCCCUAUCUAUCUGGUACACCAUCUAUUCUAUCUACUCUAUCGGCUUUAAACUCAUAGUGUGAUAAGAACCAGUAUUCUAAACAUGGUUUACUUAUUGGUCUUUAUACAGUCACUAUCGGUAAUACGAUAGUUUUAUCAAAGAAAGCCAACAAUAUCGAUUAUGGCUAUGACUUUGUCGAAACUUAAAAUUAUAUAUACCUACGCGAUCGAGCAAGUUAAACACUCCCUACGAUUUGAAGUUUUGACCGUGAACUAUCUAAAGCGAUGCAAAUACAGUAAUCGAAGCGGGACGGCGCCAUGCACGCAUAUAUCGUUGUUUCACAUCAAUAACUGCAUUUGGAUCGCAGAGUGCACGGUUUUAGAUUGUUUUCAGACAUUUUUACGGUCCCACUCCCAUCUCUUGAAAGGGAGGCAACUACGUUCGCUUUGUUAUAUCUAUGGUAGUUGAUAAUUUAUAACAUGAAGCAUUUAAAAUACGAGUAUAGUGGGCGCAGUGUCGUUUAUAUGUGCGUGUGUAUGCGUGCGUGUGUGCGUAUAUAUUAUUUCUACGUUCAGGAUAAUACACAUACGAUUAUAUAUACUUACAUUAAUAUAUAUAAUAAUAUUAUAAUAACAGGUUAGCACUGAAUAUAUCACGGUGGGCUGCGCUGCGAAUUGUUUCUUUGAUUUGGUAAGUUUUCACUAUUUUUGUUUCUUUAUGUAAGCAUCACGAUGACGGGAUUUAAUGUAUAUAAAUACCUAUAUAUUUUUAUAGAAAUCUGUACAUAUUAGUACAUUUGUGGUACAAAUAUUUCAGCAGUAUUUAGGUUUUGACAUCAAAGUGGCGUGGGCCAAACAAAGUUUUACCAUACUAUUUUAGUUUUCAGAGGUAUAAAUAAUCUUUUCUGUAUAUAUAGUUAACUAUAAUACGUGUAUUUUUAAAUUUGGGAAUUUG